AUGACUUUGAGGGACAUGGUCCUCCACGUGAGCACCAACAUAUUCGCCGGCGUAGAUACCACAUCCAUCGCUCUCCGUGCCAUUGUCUACUAUCUCUGUCGCCAUCCCAAGUGUAUGGAUCGACUGGUCACUGAGAUCGAUACCGCAGACAAAGAGGGGGAGCUUAGUCAUCCCAUAAGUUAUAAAGAAGCUACGACGAUUCUCCCUUACUUAGGCACCGUCAUCAAGGAAGCUAUGCGUCUCCAUCCCUCGGUCGGCAUGCUCCUCGAACGCCAGGUCCCGGCCGAAGGUCUCUUUAUAGAGGGCUACCAAAUUCCCGCCGGCACGAUCGUGGGAAUCAAUCCUUGGGUCACGAAUCGCUCGCCAGCGUUUGGCACGGACCCAGAUGAUUUCAACCCAGAUCGGUGGCUGAGUGCAGACGAGGAACGACUGAAACAAAUGGACAAUUUCUGGUAG